AUGAUUCACAUAACUUACUUUCUUGCGACGACGUAUGCCGGGAUUUCGUUCCCCGUCAUACAUGACCUUCUCAUGGAGUUGAGAAUCCUGAAUUCGGAACUCGGUAGGCUAGGAUUAGCGGCUGCGCUUAUUGGUGACAUGAUGACAAUAGUUAUUACGCUGUUUGGCAUCUGGUUGAACAAGUUGUUUCAACAACGAACAGAAGGGGUUCUAUUUCAUAUGGGAGUUACAAUGUUUGUUACUGUAAUUGCAGCGUUUGUGCUACGACCUGCGAUGAAAUGGAUGGCGAACCACACGACCGAGACUGGCCGUAUAAAAGAUGUAUGGUUCUAUGUCAUCGUUGUGGCCUUCAUGGUGGCACCUUUGCUUGCCGGAACGAUUGGUUUACAAACCAAAUAUGGUCCGAUCAUUCUUGGUUUGGCUGUACCGGAGGGACCACCUUUGGGUUCUUCUCUAGUCGAGAAGCUAGACCCUGUUAGUUCGGAACUAUUUUUGCCUGUGUUCCUUGCAACAUCCGGCAUGAGGUUCAAUCUAUCUGACAUUAGAGACCCUUCCCAGUACACCAAGGACCAUGUGGUUGGAGCCGCGGUCACACUUUUUGUCAAAUUUGGGGUCUCUUUGGUGCUGACCAUGUUCUGCAAGAUGCCCAUAAAGGAUUCUUUAGCAUUUUCUCUUAUCAUGAUAUCCAAAGGCAUCGUUGAGAUUGCUUCCUACAGCAACAUGAAAGACAUGACAAUUAUGUCGGAUGAAAUGUUUUGUUACUUGACGAUUAUGAUCAUUCUAGUGUCAAGCAUUGUGCCAAUACUUGUGAAAAGGCUUUAUGAUCCAUCUAGGAAGUAUUUAUGCUUUCAGAAAAGGACCAUCAUGAAUACCAAACUCAACCAGGAGCUGCGGAUGAUCAGUUGCAUUCACGUACCGGACAAUGUUAACUCUAUUAUCAGCCUACUGCAUGCCUGCUGUCUAACCAGAGACAGCUUCAUUGCUCUGGAUGUUCUUCACCUAGUCAAGCUCCGUGGACGAGCCACACCAAUUUUCAUUGCUCAUGACGCGCUACCGAAAACCAAGUCGAACUGUUCGUACUCUGAGAACGCAAUCGUCGCUUUCAGUGAGUUCCAGCGAAAUUAUUUGGAGUCUGUAUCGGUGAAAGUUUUCACUGCAGUCUCACCACCGAAUUCUAUGUACGAGGAUAUAUGUAAGCUUGCCAUGGACCGACUAACAUCGUUUAUACUACUUCCGUUUCACCGGUGGUGCAUCGACGGGAGCACCGAAUCUGAAGAUCAAACCAUCAGAAAUCUGAAUUUCCAUAUCCUUGAAAUGGCACCUUGCUCGGUAGGUAUCCUUGUCGACGUACGCCACAAUCUUAAUAGCUUCAAUUUCACAGAUAAAUCAUCAUCAUCACAUAACUCCUCGUCCUACAACAUUGCUGUGAUCUUCAUGGGGGGACAAGAUGAUAGAGAGGCUCUAGCCUUAGCUAAACGAAUUUCUCAAGAUGAAAGUGUUAGCCUUACUGUAAUUCAUCUCAAAUCCAGCAACAGAUUAGACACCUUUCGGGCUGAGAUUGAUCGAAUGCUUGAUGAGGAGAUGUUGAGUGACAUCAAAGAAAGUGUAAAGUCAACGUACCUUGAGGAACAAGUAACUGAUGGAACUGAAUCUGCAAGGUAG